AUGGAACAUCAAUACCUCCUUUCCCCUCAUGUGGAUGCGUCGCCAUCACCCGUCAGCGAUGUGCCAUCGCCCGUCAGCGACAUAUCUCCCCUUGAAUCCAAGCACAAAGCGAUCAUUAUCUUCUUCAAAUACUUUGUCGAUGUGGCCACCACGAAAGCCAGCACAAGCACUGCUGAAACGGAGCGCCUCCUGCCUGAAUCUUCGGCUGCCGCCAGCGAGUUUCUCAAGCGACUAUACAAUGUCGAGGUUCGAGCAAGUUCCAUUGACAGAUACUGGCGUCAAGCCAAGGAAAACGCCGUAGAGCGUAACAUCACUUGGGACGAGAACGCUGUGGCUCAGAUCAUUAGCAGUCAAGUGAAGGAUGACGACACAUUUGACGAGGUCAACUCUUUCUUGCAACACCAUGCUGGUGUAAGUUCCAGUGAACCAAUUUUCUUCCUCUCAUUGGCAUCCGCUGACAGCUCCCACAAGGACGAACGCCUCUCCGUAACGACAGAGUGGAUAAUAUCGAAGGCAUGGCAAGCCUUAUCCGAUCCGCAGGGCAACGUCCCCUUGCGAACCUACUGGAAGGAGAUCAACCGAGGCCGACGCGGUCCUCCUAGCAUUCCAGAUCCCCCACUGAAGCAGGUUUCUGACGAAUCUCCAACCCCUCUGGUCAUUCCUUCCAGUCUCCUUCAACGCGACGCCGAUCGCGCUCUCGAGAAUGGUCGCUCUGGAGACGCAGACUGA